AUGAAGGAAUUCACAAAUGGCAAGGAGCUUAUUAGACCUGCAGUGACGCUAUUUGCCUUAACUUUGCAGCGUCUUAAUCAACUAAAAGGAGAAUUGAUGAAUCUUUUUACAUCAUCUAAGUGGAAGUCUAGUAAGUUUGCAAGGACACGUAAAGGGAAAAGAGUUGAAGGCGUGGCUUUAGACAAUCGUAACUUCUGGACAAAUGUUGCCAAUUGUCUAAGAGCUGCAAUACCUCUUGUUAAAGUACUCCGAUUGGUGGAUUCUGAUGAAAGACCGGCUAUGAGAUUCAUUUAUGGAGCAAUGGAUCGUGCCAAGGAGGAAAUUAAGAAAAACUUCAAUGGCAUCAAAAAGUGGUAUGAACCUAUUUGUACGAUCAUUGAAGCAAGAUGGGCAUCUCAACUUCAUCAACCCUUGCAUGCGGCAGCAUAUUUUUUGAAUCCCCAAUUCCAAUAUAGUCCAAGUUUCCAUUUAGAUGCAGAUGUGAAAAUAGGAGUUUAUAGAUGUCUCCAAAGAAUGGUUCCUGAUUCUAAUGAGAGAGUAAAAAUUGAUUGCCAAAUGGACACAUUCAAAGCUGGAAGAGGGCUCUUUGGCCUAGAUAAUGCAAUAUUGACAAGGAACAAGAAGUCUCCAGCUGAAUGGUGGGAUUCAUAUGGUGAUGAGUGCCCCAAGUUGAAGCGGUUUGCAAUUAGAAUAUUGAGUUUAACAUGUAGCUCUUUGGGAUGUGAAAGGAAUUGGAGUGCCUUUGAGAUGGUGCAUUCAAAAAGGAGACACCGGUUGCAACAAAAGAAAAUGAAUGAUUUGGUAUUUGUUAUGUAUAACAUAAAAUUGAGGGAGAGGAACUUGAAAAGACAAGCCGUCAUAGAACUAACUAUUUUUGAAGAUGUCUCUUCCGAUGAUGAAUGGAUUACCGAAAAAGAGGAUCCGGUUCUUCCAACAAAAACUAAAUGGUUGAGGGUUCUUGAUGACAAAGUUCAAGAAGAUGAUUCCGAUGAAGAAGAUGAAGUAGAAAGGAUGACUAGGACACUUGAGGAAAUUUAUGCAAUUGAUGAUAAUGAAGAUUUGCAGCCAUUAAAUCCUAUUGAUGAAGCUAAUGAGGAAGAUGGUGCAGGGUUCAAUGAUGACUUUAUGGAUAUGUAAUUUUAGUUUCUAACUUUGGAAAGGGAUGAGUUAGGAUUUGAGAUUUAUGGACUAUUUUAUUUUGUGUUACAUCCUCUUUUAUUUAUAUUCAGACUUUGGAAUAUUUUCUUUUACUUUUAUUUAUAUUCGGACUUUAGAAGAUUGUUAGGAUUUGAGAUUUGAAGUCAUGGAUAUGUAAUAUGGUGUGUUUUGGCCUUAUUUUGGUUAUA